AUGGCUCGUACAUUUAUUGAUAUUCUAUUUCGCAAGGAAUUAGCUUCUCUACGCGAUGAAGAGCUUGUUCAAUUACUCUACGCUGAUUUCGGCCCGGAAAUCGAUCACUUGAAAGGAGUACCACGCGCAGUUGAAGGAGACGGGAAAGAUUUUGAUGAAGUCAAUCGAACAAUCACCAACGUGCGCGCGGUCAAGUGGCUCCUCGCAAAUGAAUAUGAGGCAUUUACAGCGAACCAGCCUGCAGUAGUCAAGUUAUCACCGGAGACUUUUCAGGCAUUGAGAGAACGAGUUCUUCCCUCCUGGGAUGACCCUGACUAUCUCCUGGCCUUGAUUGUGGCUUUGGUGGUGGGCGAUAUGGGAAAGGACCCCCACCUAGGUGAUGAGAUUGCCGCGCGGCAGGGCACAGGCGAUAAGCACGACCACGAAAAUCACGAUGAGUGUCUUGCCGAAGCUGUGGAAUGUGGUAUUUUGAAUAAAACACUUAAUCGACUUUCUGAUGCUCGGCGCAAAGAAGUUGUACUCGGAAUCAAUGUCGGAGCUACUUUGAACAUCCCUCAAUUAACACAGGGUGAAAACGUCCCAGGGAGCCUACAACCUCUGCUUCAAUUCCGUGGCCAUCGUGAAGCAUUCAACCUCAAGUAUCAAGAAAUUAUCUUUGAUGUUUCUGGUGCAGGUGGACAUCUGGAUAGCCGGGGCGCAACUCGAAUGAUCGAACCAGUGUGUCAAUCUUUCUUGCAGGCCUGGCCUAUCUUAAGUGAUGUCAUCACAAAUGAAAGGUCCCUUCGCGAAGCAUAUGAUGCUGUUUUACAAAAUCGUGGCGAAUUAAUUGCUGAGAAGGGCUUUCCACUUUUAUCGCCCACCGAUCCAUCAGAUCGAGCACUACUUCGUCUAUUUGCUAUGGGCCGCGUUGCCGACCAAGCAACAGCAGAGCAGUUCCAGGACGCGUUUCGUGGUCUACCAGAUACAACUCGCGACGCACUUACCAAUGGACUGAAUGUUGACGGAAUAAAUGAUGGCGACGCAGUGGUUAUAUAUUAUAUGCCUGCCCUAUUUGCAGAAACGCUGCGUAUCUUGCGCACGGCAUCUUUUGAGGAUCGAGUAAUUGCUUUACAAAGUCUGAUGGGAUUUAUGGUCCGGACUUUUGAUGGCUCACAGCCGCAGCCUAAUCAGCCGGGCUCUAUUAAGGAACGCAAUGUCUCUCCUGCUGUGGACCUUGUACGGACCCCGGCUUUUCAUGAUAACCUUCGUCUUCUUGAUGAUUAUACCUUACCGGCAGAUUCCUAG